GCACCCACCAUGAGCAACCUGCCCAAGGAGAAUGAGCACAGCAGCAACAGCCUCGAGGAAGAGGUACGGACACUCUUUGUCAGUGGCCUUCCUGUGGAUAUCAAGCCCAGAGAACUCUACCUGCUUUUUCGGCCAUUCAAGGGUUAUGAAGGAUCGCUGAUCAAACUAACGUCCAAACAGCCGGUAGGCUUUGUUACCUUCGACAGCCGGGCUGGUGCAGAAGCCGCCAAGAAUGCCUUGAAUGGCAUCCGCUUUGACCCGGAGAACCCCCAGACGUUGCGGUUAGAGUUUGCGAAAGCCAACACCAAGAUGGCCAAGAGCAAGCUGAUGGCCACGCCAAAUCCCACCAACCUCCACCCUGCCCUGGGAGCGCACUUCAUUGCACGGGCCCCCUAUGACCUGACCGGAGCAGCUCUGAUUCCAGCAUCUCCGGAGGCCUGGGCACCCUACCCACUCUACACCACGGAGUUAACUCCCGCCAUCCCGCACGCUGCUUUCACGUACCCAGCUGCUGCGGCCGCCGCUGCCGCCCUCCAUGCUCAGAUGCGCUGGUAUCCUCCUUCUGAAGCUACCCAACAAGGAUGGAAAUCUCGUCAGUUCUGUUAGUUUUUAAGCCGCCUCUCGGCCCACGUCCUCCCCUUCCCCGUGUCUCUCUGUGGAGUGAUGUGCCAGGGAUGAAGCAGACUGUGGAUCGCUGGAAAUCCUCCUCCACGAGAGAAAACCUUUUUCCUGUGGCCACCGGACAAGGUGCCUAACUGCAGUAACCCAUGCUUCUCGCGAAUGAAGCCGUGGGCUUUCCCCGUCCGAGACUGUGAAUAGCAACAGCCCCCCUACCCUACUGUGGACUUGCAUGGUCUUGUGUUCUGCUUGCCUCCCACUCUGCCUAAGUCCCGGCAAACUCCCGUUGCCGAGGGGCAUGUGCGUUCUCCCCGCGCCCCCCCCCCCGCACCUCUUUUGCUACGUCGAGUCCGAGUCGGAGAGACCCGAUCUUGGCGAUAGCCAGGUUUUGUUUCCCAGCUGGGCUGCUGGCGUGCAUUGCGGCCUAGCUGUAUACAGUGCAAUAUCCAGGCCUUUCCAAUCCUGAAAUGGUGUUUAUGCCGUACCGCUGGAGGAAGCGAAGAGACAAAUCGGUUUUGCAUGUUUUUCUUUUGUUUAUUUCUGGCAUGAAUUUACAACACUUUGACUUGGUGUGUGUGUGUACGUAUGUGUGUUGCGAAGCUUGUUUUUGUUCCAGCGUUUGUGUAACCGUAGCAACAGGUCUCGGCCUAGCUAUCGAACACUGAAGUUUUUAUUCAUCUUGCUUCCGUGCGGACUUGGCGUCUGACAAAACAGUGUCCUGACUCUUGCCCCGUUUCCAUUUUCUGCUUCAGCUAGAAUUUGGGGAGGGGAAGCAAGUUGUUGUUCCUUUAAAAUUCAAAUCUGCUGGAUUUCUCGUCCAAUUUUUCUCCUCCAGUUCAAGUCAGGGUUGUUUUUGUGUGUGUGUUUUUUUCCUCUGUCAGACUUCUAUAUAUAGAACAGCUGUAAAAUAUUUAACUUUUUUUUCCUCCACAUCCCUCUGAUUGGAGAGGCUUCAGUCCUGCCAAAUAAUCCGCCAUCCUUAUGGGAAUACCGAACAAAAAAAAAGAUGUACGAGUAUUUUUGUACCAUGUGUAAUAAGGAAAUAUU